UAGUCGUAGCUCAUAAGGCAAUUCACAGUGUAGCAUGGUCGGCGCAUGGACGCCCCACGAGGACGAGCUCCUCCGGCGACGCGUCGAGAAGGCGGGAUCCGAGUCCUGGUCCAAGAUCGCCGAGUCCGUGCCUGGCAGAUCAUCCAAGCAGUGCCGGGAUCGGUGGCGCAACCACUUGGACCCGUCGCUGAUCAAGACGGCGUUUACGACAGAUGAAGAGAUUGCGCUCGAGAACGCAUACGAAGAGCUUGGGAACCGAUGGACAGAGAUUGCGAAGCGUCUGCCCGGGCGGUCCGAGCACGACAUCAAGCUCCGAUGGAAGACGAUGCACCCACAUCGCCAAGACAAGGCCAAGGCGCGGUCCUUUGGCUUUGGCUUUGGCUCGCUCAAGCUGCAUUCAAGCAGCAAUAGCGAACCCAAGUCUACGCCGACGCCACGCUCGGCGCCGAUCGAGACGAGCCCGCCGCCGUUCGCCCGUCGCCGCAGCUUUGAAAACGUCAUGAACACGACCGAGCACCUCGCCAACCAGUACGGCCACGAGUACAUGUCGCCGUCGUCGUCGCGGCCGCGCAACUUUUCCAAUGUCAUGGGGUCGGAAAACGUGGCGUCGAUGCUCGAUGAAAUUCAUCUCAACGCAAUGAACAAGCGACCGUACUUGGAAGACCACCGUCGUAUGCAGCAAGAGUGGGAGCGCCAAGACAGCCUCGGCAGCAACAACAACAGCAACAGCUUGCACAGCCUCAACGGGUCGUUCGCGCUCUCGGAAUCGUUCAUUGCGAAUUUGCGCAACGCGGAGACCAACGACGGCGUCGACGACGGGCAGCUCGUCGAUUCGCUCUUCGCAUCCUUUGGCCCGCACGACGAAGAAGCCAUCCGGCGUACAUUCAACUUGAGCGUGCAGGAAUUCGACGACCUCCUCGAGAACAAAAGCGAAAUCAAAAAGAGCCUCUCGAAGCUCUCGCUGCGGUCCUCGAUGCUCUCAAACCAAUCGUUCCUCAACAACGACGACGAGCUCAACCACCUCCUCAACUCGUGUGCGCAGCCGCCGUACCAUGACGGCAUGACUUUUUAAUAGAAACGUACUACUCUUC